GCGCCGAGUCGCCCACACAUUCGCAAAUGGGAGACAAUGAGACGUCAGAAAUCGCUAAUGACUGUACAGCUCUCACACAGAAAAUUCACAGCGCAUGUAGACUACCACAAAGCCGCACGCGUCGUGUAAUGGAAGAGAAGCGACACGCUUCUUGACACAACUCCUUUUGCUCGUAGUGCUCGUCAUCAAAAGCAGCAGUAUUGGCACUACGAAGACUGCCCAGGACCAACCGCUCCUCUUAUCCCUAUAGAGAGCUGAAAUUCAUGCGGCUACAUGUGACACAUACCCUGGAUGAAAAAAAGAGGCACACUGGAAUACAGGGCUCUGUUCCACAAGACGACAGGGUCUCCAACUGUCGUGUACGCGUUAAGGACUGGCAAUGACCGGAGUCGACAUACUUUUCAUAAGGGCAGUAGCAUUUCUACCGCACAACGCUACCGCAACUGUUGCCAGGCUAUCCUCUAUAUACACCACUACACCACUAGACGAAAACACGAACGCCACCACGUGAAAUCGGAGUGGGCCAAAAGGUGGGAUUCCGCCAAUGAAUUUAUCGUGAGACAUCCUCUUGAAAUCAGCCGCGUUUUGGUGUUGUUUCUUCUGUAUUUUCCUUGAUUCAUAGCGAGACUGGAUUCGGCAACAGCAUCCGUCUCUCGGAGGUCGAGUAGCGAUUUCGACCGUCCUGGCGAAUGCUUUGUCGUCGUGGGCACGGCAUGCAGUGAAGCUGUGGCGAUUGCUGAAGUGCGCAUCGUCCGCGCUGCAGAGCUACAAGAUGUGAUGCUGAAAUAUCAGCUUGAGCCGUACAUCUUACAUCAUCAGAAGCGGAAAAUGCAAGAAGUGAGGGAGCUUCUUGAUGAACGACGAGCCAGCAGAGAAGCCAAACGCAAGUUACGCCGGAUCGUGGCGCCUGCUGGAGAAACCGAGCAAGAAGAGGUGAUUGAUGAGAAGCUCAGUUAUGAUGCAUUUGGCGGACACGCAUUUAUCGACAUAUGCCUCUUGGACUCCGCCUUUCAGUACUACGGGCCUCUGCUCCUUCGAGAGGCUAUGCGAUUAACAGGAGCGAAGCUGCUACAUAUGGUUGUGGAGCCGAAGGGCCACGUGUCACCUUCUUUUUAUCACUUCUUCCCUGUAAAACCCAAGGCGAAAUCAGCCAUCAAAUACACUGAAACAAUUGCCUCGGACCAUGGCUUUUUCGUCCAUGAAACGCACGGAACCUCUAAGCUGGGCCACAGCCCGCGGGCGGAUGAACUUACGGCAGCACCCGUGGGGAGUCGAAGGACAGUCCAAGAAGACUGGCAUUUCUUCAAAACUCAUCCGGCAAGUUUCAGUGAAAUAUCAGAAGACGACGCAGCCCCGCAUCCUACGCAGCGUUUCCGCUUCAAAGACGUGACGCUGCUUGCCCCUGGAGGCCUCCCGCUUGUCAAUCGGGAUACGAAACCGCUCCUUUCUCAGAGUACGGCUGACUACGAUGAAGCCUCCGAAAUACGGAGGCUGCUCUUAGACCUGCGCGUGCGCGUGGUGGACCAGCGAAUUCACCGGAUCGACCGACGGAACAAAUUGGUCUACCUCGAUGCGGGUGGCUGCACUGACAUCGUCGGUCCUUCCAAGCAGCCUGAUACAGUGAAAGAAGAAGCCUCUUUAACGGCUAAUAAGCGCACGAAAAGCCAUCACCCCGCCGACAGUGAACUCAACAGCCCUGUGCUCCCGUAUGACUUCCUCGUCCUCGCUGCGGGCAUGCAAGAUGCGGCUCUUCAGUCCAUCGGAUUGCGGAGCUGGGGACUGCGGGAGAACCACGUUAAUUCCAAUUCCCCAACAAUGGUGAAUCAUGCUGAUCAAACAUGGACUGGAAAACGCAAGGCCCGGAAUGCGAACUCACUUCCUCAACGAGUAAAUGGAUGCAUCUCCUCUGCAGAUCCGUGGCUGUACGAUCUUCUUGAGGAAAACGGACCCUACCUCAUUCCGCUACGGUGGAAUCCUUUGACGUAUGUGGUAGUUUACGGACGAUCCUUGGAUGCAUACUGUCUAGUCCAUGGACUGUUGAGUCGGGACGUUCCGGCGCAGAAAAUUACUUUAAUACUUCCUCCCAGGUUAGCGCGACUGCACAAUAAAAUCCUCCUUGUCACAGAAAUACUCCCUCUUCCAAUGGCAACUGCCUUCGUACCUUAGCUGCCUGUCGUCCCCUGUCGGCUCACUGCUCCCGUGUUAUCUAACAAGAAUCAGUUAGGAACAAUUGUCAACCGCCUUAACUUUUAUGAACCAGGGAAAUGUGAGAAACUCAUAUCGCGGAUUCAAGACGAACAAAUCCACGGACCUACCGGUGUACCGGGGCCGAAGCGGACCCAAACAGGACUGCUUUACUUUCGAUGCACCCUUCCAACAAUAUUCAUCCUAGGCAGAUGGUGCAUUUCUAUAUCUGGGCGUUGGCUGUCUCCACACCGUGGCAAACCAAGUUGAAUUUCACAGAAGCAGUCCAGUAAUUCUCAGCUGCAUUUUAAUUCCCUACGCCUCCAUUCGCUGCAUUCAGAUGAGUUACAUAUUUUAGAUGCAGCAGGAAAUCUUGUCUUGCAGUGAGCUUGUUUUCCCCCAAUUUCUGUUUGUCAGGUCGAGAGCAACCGCCAGCGGUGAGUUUCCUCAGGUCAUGCAGCGACAGGACCUUCCCUUCAGCUCAAUGAACUGUUCUAGUCAACCUUUUCGUGUAAAUUUCAGAACGAAUAGCGGAAAAGCUGGAGCAACUGAUCAUCCAUCCCCUGCACUCGCCGCACAAACGUCAAACAGUCUGGCGUUAAGGUUCAUUACCCUCUUCGCGGUUGGUUACUCGUUCUUAUAAUACUUCAGUUUCUCUGUGUUCGCACCUGUCCAGACAAGUGAUCCUUUUAUCUACGGUGGAGGCUCCCUUUGUGAGUUUUCACGGGAGUAUCGACCGACUCGGAAAACCAAUCUGAAGCAAGACUGCUACAGUGGAAGAGAGAAACGAAAAAAGGGGAAAAAGAAGAUCCCCGUUGUAGGCCAGCAUAACUGAAAUCGAAUAGAGUGACAAACGACAGGCAGAUGGUGGUUGUGUGCCUUCUGGCUAUUAUCUCCCCAUACAAGCUCCGCACAAGGCGCCACACGUAAAACUAAGGUAAAUUUUAAAUUCUCACUUUCCUGAGCUCGUGAUGUGUCGUACAAUAUAUUGACAGGAUGCACGUGUGUCUUCGGUAAUCGUCAGCUUGAUAUAGUACUCCUUCCUUUGACUUGUAAAGCAACUCCGAUUUUCUUGCUUGAG